CUCUCUCAGACACUCCCUCGCUCUUAGUUUUCGUCACUCUUACAAGGUUCUUAGACCUGGAUGAACGUGUUUUGAUUUAGUAAAGGAACAGGGAAACUCCGGGUUGCUGUGGAAAGAGAGCACUCGAGACAUGCUGCGACUGGAAGGGGCUGGGCGGCUCAUCCCUCGGCCGCGCGGAAGGCUGCCCGCGUACUGCGCGGGGGCGACGGGCGUCGCCAUCGUCCUGCUGGUCUACCUCGCCCUCGGACACGUCCCGUUCUGCCGACAGGCCGUCACCGCCGCGCUGGGCGUCACGCUCGGGGCCGUCCUGCGGGGGCUGUGCCUCCUGGCGGAGGAGUCUCUCCAUCACCUGGGGACCAGGUACCGCGGCAGCCUGUCACGUAUGCUCAGAGCCUGCUUCAGUGGCGGCCCCCGGCUGCUGGGGGUGGUAGUGGUCCUGGUCUUGUGGGCACAAAGCCUUCAGCUGGAGCUGGCGGAGUGGUACUCGGUGGCCAUUGCUAGUGGCUUCUCGCUCCUGCUCCAGGCCUUUGGAAUCCUGAGUCCCUCUCCCGUGGAAACUUCCGAAAUUUGUGAGGAGAGGAAGAUGAACGUUGCUCACGGUCUGGCCUGGUCUUUCUACACAGGUUACCUAAAGCUUGUGCUUCCAAAGCUGGAGAACUCUAUUGAGCAAUAUCGUCAGCGCCAAGGCAACCGCGAAAUUCUCCGGCACAGACACUCCUGGAGGCUCCACAUCCUGAUACCGCUGAGCGCGUUCAUCCCUGACAAGUUGGAGGAGGCCGAUCAGUGCGUCCGUUUCCACGACAACCUGCCAGAAAUCGCCAUCGACAGGGCGGGCGUCAGGAGGCGGAUCUACAAGAACAGCGUGUACCGCGUGCUGGACCAGCAGGGGCAGGCACACCACUGUGUGGCAGAGUAUGCCACGCCACUGCAGACCCUGUACACGAUGUCCCAGGAGAGCAGCGCUGGUUUGAGCUCGGAGGAGCGAAGGCAGCAAGUCCUGCUCUUCAUCCGCUCCCUGGAGGCGGUCCUGGAGGAGUCCGUCGAGUGUCGCAAUCGAUACCGCCUGAUCAUACUGGACGAUGAGCAUGAGCAGGAAGCGGAGCCAGACCCUCACUUCCUGUCCAAGAAGAUCCUCCAGCAGCUGCAGCAGCAGGAGAGGGAGGAGUACGGAGUGGCUGCGCCCAGAGAGGAGCCGCCCAGGGAGGAGCCGCCCAGCGCGGACUUCCUGUCCCGCGUUCCCACGCUCAUGAUCAGCGACGACCUGCCCAGUCCUCUCAGACUUCCAGUGGAGAACGACUGGAACCCCACGGGCCAGUGUAAAUGACUGGCACGUGCUCUGACCACCGCGCUGGACUGCGAUGCGUUGUUAAUCUCUAACGGUCUACAAUUUCUGUAAUGUCUGCAUGUUUUCCCUGAACACUAUAUUGGGAAAUAAACUCCCAUAAAAGAUGACUGUACUAUUCCUCGUUCUCAUUAAAGAAAUUGGGGUACAGUCUGUGGUGGGGUCACUCAUGCCUGCGUGAGCCCGACUUGGGGACUGCGGGUGCGGUAAGAAUGGACUCUAACCUGUCCACGUCCGCAAUAUUUGUUAUUUUUUUAAGUCUGUUGAACCUCGUCAUUAGGUUAGAAUAGUUGUUGUAACUAAAUAAAUUUCUCAAAUUUCA